AUGGUCAUGGCCGAAGUCCGCGCACUGCCUGGCUUUUCGAUGGUGGUCUGUCCCGCGACACUGGUACCCCAAUGGCGCCUCGCAGUGAAUGAAGCCUUCCAGAAUGGUCAUGAGCUGUCAGUCUAUGUGGUAGAAUCAACAACGGCAUUGACAGCUCACCAACUUCACGCCUUGCAUGUCGAUGUCAUCAUCACCUCGUAUGAAAUCAUUGAGUACUCUUACCGCACGAGAAAUGAGUUCCCCACCGUACUGCAGGACUGGGUUGACGAGGGCAUGCCCGAGAACGAGAGGCCCCGCCGACCACUGUCAACCUUCCACACCAGGCUCUGGCAGAAGCUGAACCUGCCUAUCAAGCGCCUGAUACUCGACGAAGCGCAUGUGAUCAACAAAGACGAAGGCAAGCGGCACCAGGCGAUCAAGGCGUUGUGCUACGAGGCAGUAGUCAUCCUGACUGGCACCCCUAUGACGAACCGCUGGUGGGACAUCGCCGGGCUUCGGUGCUCCGAUCUGGGCAAGAACCAGGAAAACACAGUCGGUAUCCUCAUCGAGGCGCAGCUUCUCACCCUCUCCUCUAUCAUGGCUGAUGAUAAAGUUAUCCCCUCCACGGACGCCGACGAAUCAAUGAGCGACAGAGAUAUGUGGCUUGACCGCCUGGACGCUUGUAUAGAACGACAGCUGGACGACAGCUCUCCUCGCCUGCGGGAGCUCAUGCGCGUGUAUGAUUCACUGCGCCAGAAACGCCCAUCUUCUAAGAUCAUCAUAUUCUCCCGAUGCUUGAAGUUCUUAGACAUCAUCAAUGCCAGGCUGAAGUUCAAAGGCGUCACAGCGCUAAGGUAUGAUGGAUCCGCGCCCAGCCACAAGAGACCUGGGUCCUGGCCCAAUCUCACCUGCGCGUCAAUUGUGAUCCAGACCGAGCCGUGGUUCUCUGAGCUGCAGGAGAAGCAGGUUUCGCGUGUAUUCGGCCCGGGGCAGAAGGGCCAGGUCAUCGGGGUCAAGAUCAUCGCCGGCAACAGCGACCUGGACUCGAAGCUCUCGACCCAGGGCAAGGACCAGGUCAUCAGCCGGAUCAUGAAUGGGGUCAUCCGAAAAUCUGGCACCGCAGCCAGAGGAUCAGGAGUCACUCAGUUGGACCAACAGUGA